AUGCGGUGUCCAUUUUUCAUGGUGGUCACAUCCUGCCUCUGCGGCCUCUGCUCCUGCUUCUUCGACGACAAGCGUAAGCCUAACCAAGAAAAGCCUCCGAUAGCCGCCACUACAGCCAGCGCCGAUGACCAGACAGCCAUCAUCACCCACCGCACCGUGGAGCUAAGCACCGGCGUGCGCCUGCACCUGGCGGAGGCCGGCCCACCAUCAUCAUCAGGCGCGUCCACGGUGCUGCUGCUGCACGGCUUCCCGGAGCUGUGGUACACCUGGCGCCACCAGAUGCGCGCGCUGGCCGCGGCCGGGUACCACGCCGUGGCGCCGGACCUGUGCGGGUACGGCGACUCCGACGCGCCCACGGUGGCGUACCCCGGGCAGUACACCGCGCUGCACGUGGUCGGGGACCUGGAGGCGCUCAUCGACGACGUCCUCGCCGGCGGCGAGAAGAAGAAGCAGGUGUUCGUGGCCGCGCACGACUGGGGCGCGCUCAUCGCGUGGAGCCUCUGCCUGUUCCGGCCCGACAGGGUGCGCGCUCGUCGCGCUCAGCAUCGCCUACACACCCCGGAGCGCCGCGCGGAAGCCCGUCGAUGGGCUCAGGGCGCUCUUCGGCUGUUCAGGUCUUGGAUUGUUUCAGUAUGUUUUAGCUUAUUCUCUCUCACAUAA